AUGACUUGCACUCUCGUCCCGAUCAACCUCACCGAACCCUCUGAACUGGAGGAGCUUCGACAGCAGCGUCUCGUCUGCGGCUGGGACAAUACCCCAGACACGAUCGAAAGCUGGCGCAAAAAACAAGAAGCGGGCCUCAAGUCGUUUUUUUGGAUCACCACCAACACCGACACCAAUGGUUUGCAAACCCCUAUCCGCGCCGGCCACAUCUCCCUCGACGCGUAUGCGGAGCCCGCAGACUGGGACCUUGCCAACGCGGAAAAGACAAACCUCACUAUCCAAAACUUCUUUAUCCUGCCGCAAUAUCGCUCGAAAGGUCUCGGUCGUACGGUGAUGAGAAAGAUCGAGGCGCUGGCGACAGAGGAACCGUACGGCAGCGCGAACUGCGAGUAUAUUACAUUGAACUGCUUGAGCAAGAAACAAUAUUACGACGAGGUCUUAGGACCGCACGCCAGGGCGACCUUGUCGAUGUGCAACCAGGAAUGGUAUGAGAGGCAGGGCUACGUCGCUUGGAAGGAGGAGCCGCGCUACGAGGACAUAUUGCCGGAUCAGACCAGGUUUGUAUGGGAUGCGGCGUUUAUGCGAAAGAAGGUGAAACAGAGAUAA